UAUGUUUGUAUAGCGUUUGUAUGCUUCUUUGUGAAAGAUUAUAUUGUACUAUUUAGUUGCCUGCAGAGUUUAGUAACGGAGUUUUAGGCGCAUACUUGUUCGCGCUAUGAUAAUGAAUCUAUGGAUGUAACCUAUAUGCGUGUUGAGCGUGUAAGUUUAUAACUGCGUUUUGUGUACCAGCAGGUUACUGUUAGGUUUUGUAAACGGUCAAUAUGUCAAGUUUAUUGCAAAUAAUCAACCAGACUCUGCAAUCUGGGAACCAUCAGCAAAUAUUAUCUUUGCUCAAGGGGAUCAGGAAUGGAAUAGUGUACGGAGUAAAGAUACGUUUUCCUCACGCGCUUGUGAUGACUUUCCUUUUCAAAGAUGUUCCAUUAAAAGACAAAAUUCGUUUAAUAUUGCGAGCCACUUACCAGCACGCAAGGAACUUAGCGCAGUUCACGUUUUUAUACAAACUUUUGACGACGACUUUAUCCAAAACAUCCUCGAAACCCAGCGUUGGUAAAAACCCGCUUCAUGUGAUUCCCGCAGCUGCGUUUGCCGGGUAUCUUGUGUUUGGGGAGAAAAACCCGAUCAAUAUGCAGAUCAACAUGUACCUUCUGUCGCGCAUAAUAUUUGGUCUGUGUCGAGUUGCGACGGAACGAGGUUAUUUUCCGUCAGAAGAAAAAUUAAACGGGGUCAAAAUAUUCCCUGUGUUUGCUGCAACAAUGUGGGGGGUGGUGUUAUGGUUAUUUGAGAACCAUAAACAUACUUUGCAACCCUCCCUCCAAGCUUCAAUGACUUAUUUAUAUCAUGAUAGCAAUAAAUGGAAUAAUAUUUGGGAUUUUUUGGUCUACAAUAAAUUACCGUAAAUAUUUUUGAAUAAGGUUUUUAAUUUAUGAUAAAUUGUCUUUAUAUACAGGGCAUGCACUAUAACAUUUGUGCAAUGUAAAACUAAAAGACCAAUAUAAUUAUUUUUUUUCUUGCUAUACUUCCUGUCACUAAUGAAGUUCCACCUAUUUAAAACAAAAUAUGCAAAAGUUCUUUUUAAUAAGUGAAUAUAACUGAUUGUUCCUCGCAUGGGCGGGAAAAUAUGGGAGUUAUAACAUGGGUGUUUCCUAUAGGUUUCUUAAGUUACCUUCAUUCGUAUUUAGACAAUUGUUCCCAAACCUAUUUCAGUUGAUUUUUAUAUAUAUUUUACCCAGUGUUGUUUAGUAUUGUGCAGUUUAAAGUAAUUAUAAUCUUUAAUAAGAUUGACAAAAUCUACUUCAAAUUAAAUCAUAUUACUUGUUUGCUAAAUCAAAAUUUUAUUUGUUGUAAUUAUAAUCAUUAAUACAAAAUCCGUUUGUUUUGUAGUAAAUUAUUUAUAUACAGAUAUUAAUCGUUGUGUUAAUUGCAAAUUGAAGUGGUAAUGUAAAUCAGUGCCCGUAUAUAAACUCUGAUUUAUAUAAAUGUUUUGGUCAAAUCUUGGAAAUUAUUUUAAAAUACACCCCGUUUUCGCGAAGAG